AUUAAAAGAGAAAACUUAUUCCUUGUGGCCAUUCCUUCUGGAGGAACGAAAGAAAUAUCAGAAUCCUCUGUAUAAUCCAGACUUUUCUCCAGAGCUAACUCUUUUGGAACCUAAUACGGUAUCAUUCAAUUUUAAGUUCUGGAGAAAUAUGUACCAUCAGUUUGAUCGAAGCAUGCAUCCCAGGCAAUCUGUGUUCAAUCUUAUAAUGAACAUGAGUGAACAAAAUAAACAACUGGAGGAAGAUAUUAAAGAACUGGAAGCUAAAAUAAAGCAGAGGAGUGGGCAGUUGGAUGCAGUCCUUGUGAAGGAACAUCAGCAGUCUGCUCAUCCCGCACCCGUGGUGCUGAAAACCCCUCCAUGCUUCAAGAAGGAGCAGCCGGUGAUCCCUGUGAAUGAUGCUGUAAGAACUAUAGAGGGCAGCAACACAGCAGACAAUCGCUACACUGAAUUCGUCGAAGAGUUCUCGAAAGCUGAGCCUGCUGUUGUCAGCUUGGAGUACGGAGUGGCCAGGAUGACCUGCUAGUUAAAAUCCAGCGCUGUGCUCCUCUUCUAGACUGAUUAAGAGCUGGAUUAUUUUGAGGAUGGGUCUGUGCUGCAUGACCAAAACAUGAUCUGUAUAUCAGCAAGUUUUGUUAACGUAGACUAGAACAGCAUGCUAGUUGUCAAGUGUUUGCUGUUCUUUUAAGAAAAAAAAAAAAGUUUAGUUGUGUUUUAAAAGAAAUAGGGGCAUUUGGUAAGUAGUGACUAAAAAU